AUGAAGUUCCUCAUCAGCACGCACGUACAAAAGUUCCGUUCUGUGCUCGGCGAUGACUCUUCGCAGGUUUGCUUCUACCAACACGAUUCCGGCCUCGAAACGCAAAUUAACAGUCUCGAUGUGAUAGAUGUGUGGAUAUGCGAAGGUCACGAAGUCACCGAGGUGCUGGUGGAUCGGUGGUUAGACCGCAACAGGGGCUCACCAAAAACGCUGCUAGUCCACGACGCUAAGCUGAUACCCGAUCUCGAGAACCUCUGCAGGGGCCGCGUGGUUGAGAUCCAAGCGAUAUCAAGCCAGGAGCAAGGAGAGCCGUCAUGGGUGGUGUCGACUCUUCGGGUGGCAGAGAUGCUCUACGCGCGCAGUCGUGCCCGCGGCGCAGUUGUUCACAAGAAAGUCAUCUCUGACCUCCGCACCAAAAAGACGGUCUUACUUGUUGGAGCAGGGAUCAUGAACCUUGUGGCAGCAGAGUUCCUCGCUGUCCGCGGGUUUCAAGUGCGAAUUGUCGACGCCAGCCCAGAUCCCCGUACUUGCAAGGACUGGACUCGCCAAGGUGCCACACAUGGAGGCGGCGACGCUCGUAUGUUCUCCUAUACUGAAGCGGAUAGCUACAAUGAGAGAGCUGGCGACAUCUAUCAAGAUAUGCGGCAUGUUUUUCGAAAAACUGCUCUCACUGGGGGCUGGAGCAUGAAACCACCCUCGGGUUUCAGCGCUGCUGAGCUUGCUUGGGUCAAUGCUUUUGAGCAAGUUCCAACUUGGUUGGCGCAGACUAUGAAAGAAGAUAUUUACUAUGUCAACAGGGAAGCUGGAAAGCUCUGGGCUGAAUACAUGGACCGCGCUCCAGAGCUCUUCGAAGGGGUUUCACUUUACACCGACGUCCUGCGCUUAUAUGCCGAAGAAGUCGCUCUGACUGCGGCUUAUAAGCUAAACCGAGGCCUCGGGGCGGUCGUUGACGAGUUUUCCCAACCGGAACUUCUGAGAGAAUAUACCAGUUUUUGUGCGGCUGCCAAAUCGAAUGACCUCGCUGGUGGAUUCACCGUACAAGGAUUUACACUCCGUAUUCACUCGUUUGUGGAAAAAUUGAUCGACCGAAUAACCGAGUUUGGUGGAGUGUUCACCUGGGACUGCUGCGUGCAGCGAAUUCGACGUAACGCUUUUGGUGAGGUGACUGCGCUAGAAUCUCAGCUAGGUCCUCUCCAAGCGGACAAUUUCGUGAUAAGCACAGGGGUUACGCGGAACGGUUUGCUUGACGGAACGGCCUCGGAGAACCUUAUGCACGGGGUGUUGGGCGUGUGGCUACAGAUUCCCAACUUGGAUCCGAUGUUAAGAAACUCCAUCAAAAUCCAUCGCCGCGGUUAUCUUGUCGAAGACAUUAAUGUUACUGUAUCGAGAGAUGUUAAAACGGGCGAAGAAAUUCUUAUAUUGGGGGGUGGAUAUGGGUACGUUGGGCUGGAUUACCCGGCACCGGAGUCUCCAGAAAUGCAAGCACUUUUCAAGGAGCUCGAGGAAGUGGCACACAUAUACUUCCCUGCGGGAUACCGGCGCGCGAAGGAGCGAGGUACACUGUGGCCGAAUGGAGAGCGGAAAUUUUGCAUUCGGCCGUUCACUUGUACAGGUUUGGGUAUCUUUGAAGAUAUUCCCACUGAAAGUGGUGGACAUCUCAUCAUAACUGGCGGAAACAACACAGGAGGAUUUGCCCAAGCCCCAGCCAUUGCAAGAGCGAUAUGUCGAUCUAUGGUUGGUGAGCAAGACCCAAUUCAUGUUCUCUUUAAUCCUUAUCGCAGCAAGCUUGUCGCUCAGGAGAAGCACUAG